CAUCAUUACGUCUGUACAACUAGCCUAUGUGCAAGGCAAGCAUGCCCAGCAGCAGCCUAUAACGAUAAAGCUCGCAGCCUUUCAUCUCUCUCCUCAUCCUCCUCGAACCUGGAAUAAUAGCGAUGGAUCCGACUCCCAGCUAUGAUCCGUUUGGUGAAGACGGAAACGGAGACACACUUGCAACAUUUACUUCUUCGGCUUUGGACGCUAUAGCGACUGCUAUCAACAGUACAUGGGAUCAAUGGGGCGAUGGAGAGCCAUGGGAUACAGGAGAUCAGAUACCUGGAGAUAGUGGGACCAUCAUAGAUCCGUUAGCGGGUCAAGUAACGAACGAGGGGAGCUAUGUCCUCAAUACGCUACUUGGCCUGGUCAUUGUGCUGAUAGCGUCUGUCCUUAAUGCUUUUGGAUUAAACUUAACGAAGUUGGAUCAUAUGCGUCAGCAGGCCAUUCCGAGGAGAGAGCGCAAGAAGGAUUAUCUGAGAUUGUUGUGGCUGGCAGGAAUGGGAACGUAUAUAAUAUCUCAGCUCGUCGGCUCCCCUCUCGCUCUCCGUUAUCUACGCCCAGAUUGGGUCGCACCGCUAGGUUCUUCCUCCCUCAUAUUCAAUUUCCUUUUCGCCAACUGGCUAGUUGGGACCCCCGUCACCGCUACAGACAUCCGUGGAACCGUUGUCAUUGUCCUCGGCGUCAUCCUCAUCAUGAUCUUCUCCUCCAUCAACCAUGGACUCUCGCAAACAAUCGACAUUGAGACACUCAACGAUCUAUGGACAAGAGCAGCCUGGUUAUCCUACUUCGCACUACUCAUCGCCUUCACAGCCCUGACGUAUCUCGUGUCCCAUUUCCUAGCCUCAUUGCUCGCUUCUCGAGCGUCCUUCUCUCCGCUUCCUUCACCCACGACGGAGUUGCCAGUCACAUCAAGAGCGAAGCCUCAGAAUGCGUUCAAGAACGUAUUCCUGCGUCUUUUCCACAGCUGGAACGCCAUAGAGACCAGUGCGAUCAAAAGAUUAGAGAUAAUCUUUCAGCGGACCGACGAUGCAAGGAUAACGUGGCUUCAGGGAAUAGGCUGGGCUGUCGCUGGAGGCAGUCUGGCGGGCAUGUGCUUGGUUUUUACAAAGGUGACAGUGAAGACGUUUUCUUUGCCCGGACAUCCACUUGUCCACCCCUCCGCCCUGAUCACCUUGUUAUUGGUGAUCAUCUCCGCGAUCCUGCAGAUAGUCUGCCUCAAUAGAGCACUGGUCUGCGCCGACACAGUCGUCGUGGUACCGCUCUUUUAUGCGGGAUAUACGGUCUUCGGGUUCAUCAACGCUCUGGUCUUUUUCGAUCAAGCCAGGCAGUACGCCAGAUGGGUCCUUGGCGCCGUCUUUGUCUCAAUAGCCAUUCUGAUCACCGGCGUUGUUCUCCUCUCAUUGAAAUCCUCUGCUAAAGCCGCAACGGAUCCAUACACCGUCUCGACCGAGCCGGCGACAUCGAUCCGGUUACGGCCUCAGAUGCGGACUGUCUCUGCGACAAGCCACAAGUCAACGCCGUCAAAAGGCGAGGAAGACGACAUUGACGGGCUUGGUGAGCAUGUCUCGGCAAAGCGAGACGACGUGCUGUGGGAAGCCGGUAGUGUCAGUGAUGGGUCAGACAACGAGGAUCAAGAGAAGGAACGAAGGGGAUUGGGCGGUGGUGGCCACCGCGGCGAAAGACGAGGGCUGCUGGAUGAAGAAGGGGAAGAUGGCGACCUGGACUCGCCUACCAAACCGAAAGGAAAGCCACAGGCCUCCGCGUCAGGGGCGGCGCGCUGAGUCGAUCUGGCUAGAUAUGAUUAUCACAUGGGCACACAGGCAUGCAUUACGCAAUUUCACGGUA